GGGGCCUUCUCCGUACGUUUGGCGGUCGUACUGUACAGGGGUGCUUGUAGUGUUGGUGACGUCUGAGUGGCUCUAAAUGCCUCCUCCGCCUUCACAAGCCCACUCACUCACCCUCGCCCAAAACCUACAUCACAUCUCUCCCCGACCAGCCAAAAUCCACGCUGGAGCUGGGCCUCAAUCCUGGACCUUUGUGCUUUCAUCACCAACCUCUCAUGUAGCUUCGUACUCUGAUACUGGCCAACCCCGCAAAACCAUACCACCCAUACACCAUACACCACGCUCUUAUUGUGCACAAACCUACCUACCUACCUUCCCACCCUGCAACGGUCUCCAUUUCUUUCACAAUCUCAAGCUUGCUACGUUUGAGCCACCACUCGAUUCCAUCUACAUGGAGGUUAAACUUUCUAUGACUUUACGACUGGAGCGUUGAGGAACUGCUUUCUCUGGCAGAACCCAUCGCGAGGUUUGAGCUACUUUUCAGCAUGCCGCCCAAUUCGGAGUCUUCUGGUGGACCGACGUCAAGAGACAGGCCGGUCGAACAGCUUGGAGAGUCAAGAUCGAGGAAGAGAUGGGUAAAGAGAUAUCGCACAGAGGUUGCUGCUUCGGUCAGCAGCAUCUUUUCCACUUUUGGAGCUGUAAGUAUUGUUUUCCUUGGUUGCCUCUGAAAUCGGGCGAUUGAGCUAACACGCCAUAGUUCCCGCUAGAUUCGGUCAAGACUCGAAUGCAAACCUACAAAUACAACAGCUUCAUGGAUUGCGUACGACACACUUAUCAGACUGAAAAGUUCCGGGGGUUCUUUCGAGGGGUUCUGGCUCCCAUGGCGAGUGUCACAUUGGUUCGAACGAUUAGUUUUUCGGUUUACCAGAGAUCGAAAUAUACAUAUGCUGCAUGGUUCAAACGCAAUCUGGGAUUCGAUCCUCUUCUCCAUGUGAAUACGCCUGGAACCUAUCCAACACUUUCCACAAUCGCAUGCUUUGGGGCAGCGGGAGCUACGGCUGGGUCGUUUAUUACUCUUGUAGCCUGUAAGUUACAGGUAGCUGAGAAUUAUCUACGAUUACAGUAGCUAAUUCUGAUGAUAUAUAGGUCCCUUCGAAUUAACUAAAAUCAGCGCGCAGGUUUCAGUACUGAUGGCGCAUCGAAAUCAAUCGAGCGUUUCGGAUGCCGCUAGUAGUAGAGAGGUGGCUGCGAGCUAUCAGAACAAGGGCACAUUUCAGACGGCAAAAAACAUAGUGAAGCAUCGAGGCAUCGCAGGCCUCUAUUCCGGUUUCAACCUACACCUCAGUAAGUUCAAAGCACCAUGUCAAAAGAGGGUGUUCCUAAUCAUUCUGCAGUGAGAGAUACGCUUGGAACAGCCAUCUAUUUCAUGACAUAUGAAAGCAGUAAGCAACUACUAACGACCUACACCAAUGACACAUCCCCAACCAAUCCACUUGCCGUUCUUUUUGCUGGGGGCCUCUGUGGUGUUGCCAGUUGGGCUCUUAUCUAUCCGAUUGACUCUGCCAAGAGCAUAUAUCAGCGAAACUGCCUGACCGUCUGCCGAGGAGAAACUGUAAAAAAGGCCCCCAAGAUCCAAUUUAGGAACAAAACUAUGUACCGGGGGCUGGGUGUUUCUAUGGCACGAUCUUGUGUUGUCAACUCGAUCUUUUUUUCCGUCUUUGAAUUUACCAAGAAACAGAUCAAUGCUCUUGAAGAUUGAUCUAUGCAUUUGCAUAGGAUGGUAGGAGUCUUGGGGGAUUUAUAGUUUUCGUUUUCUUUUUGGCUUGCGUGCUCUGGGAUGGCGCGAAGGGGAGUUUUCAUUUUCCUGUAGAUUAUGGGAAGUGACGACGACAAAAAUUGAUACCAUAGCAGCUCACUCGUGUCUGUAAUAAACAAGGGCUGAAGCCAUAAGUAGAUUGACUGAGAAAUACAAAGCUUCGUCUCUAUCUUGAAA